AUGUCUGCUCACGAUCAACUUGUCCUGUGUUUGUGUGAAAUAACGAGGUUGCUGUGGAAAUUGCUGCUCCCGCUGGUGUUCCUGUGUGUGCUUCUCAUCGCCGUCCUGGUCCUGCUGGUGUCGGCAGUUCGCUUCUGGCUGCAGAGCAGCAGGAACGCCCGGCGGGCGAGGGAACGCCGUGCCACCGUGGCGUUUUUCCACCCGUACUGCAACGCUGGCGGCGGGGGGGAGAGGGUCCUCUGGUGCGCCAUCAGGGCGUUACAAAACAGGUAUGCGGAUGUGAACUUCGUGGUGUACACCGGGGACCUGGGGGUGACGGGGCAGCAGAUUCUGGACGGAGCCAGACGCCGCUUCAACAUCACGCUCCCCCGGCCGGUCCAGUUCGUCUUCCUGCAGCAUCGAGUGCUCGUGGAGGCCAGCCUGUUCCCUCACUUCACCCUGCUGGGUCAGAGCGUGGGAUCCAUUUUUCUGGGAUGGGAGGCGCUGACAGAGUUUGUCCCGGACAUUUACAUAGACUCCAUGGGUUACGCCUUCACUCUCCCCCUGUUUCGCUACCUCGGGGGCUGCAGCGUAGGCAGCUACGUUCACUACCCUACCAUCAGCACUGACAUGCUGUCUGUGGUGAGGGAGAGGAACCCCAGGUUCAACAACCAGGACUUGGUCGCCAACAGCCUGUUCCUGAGCGCCUUCAAGCUGAUCUACUACUGCCUGUUCGCCCUGCUCUACGGCCUGGCCGGCUCCUGCAGCAACGUCAUCAUGGUCAACUCCUGCUGGACCCUCGACCACAUUCUGUCCCUGUGGCGCUCUCCCAACCGCACCAGCGUGGUCUACCCGCCCUGCGACGUGGACGCCUUCCUGGACAUCCCGCUGGAAGAGGAGGGAGACAGGAAGUGCCACUCCAUCGUCUCCGUCGGGCAGUUCAGGCCGGAGAAGGACCACCGACUGCAGAUCAGAGCCUUUAAGAAGGCGCUGGACAGGAGGAAGGAGGGGCUGAAGCUCAUUCUCAUUGGAGGGUGCCGGAACCAGGAGGACGAGGACCGGGUGCUCAUGCUGAGGGGCCUUUGUCAGGAGCUGGGCGUGGCCGACCGGGUGGAGUUUAAACUGAACGUUUCUUUUGAGGAGCUGAAGAGAGAGCUGAGCGAAGCCACCAUUGGACUGCACACCAUGUGGAACGAACACUUCGGAAUAGGCGUUGUUGAGUGCAUGGCAGCAGGGAAGGUGAUCCUCGCUCACAAGUCUGGAGGACCAAAGCUGGACAUCGUCGUCCCUUUCGACGGGGGUCAGACCGGCUUCCUGGCAGACGACGAAGACGGUUACGCAGAAGCCAUGAAUCAGAUCCUGGAUCUGCCGCCCGCCACCCGCCUGCAGAUCAGACGCAACGCCCGCCGGUCGGCGUCGCGCUUCUCCGACCAGGAGUUCGAAGCCUGCUUCCUGGCUGCCACGGAGCCUCUGAUGGCAACGCUGGAGCGAUGA